CACUGAGCUUGAAGCGAAAAAAGAAUUUCAGACUUCAGAGCAGUUGAAGUCCAGUACAAAUCUCAAGCGGGAAAUUUGAAUAAAUCAAUUGCCAGUAAUCGACGCAGUCGCUUCCAUGGCGGCUAAAGAAGAAGUUGCUCGGAGCAUGAAAAUGGAGGCCGAGAAGGAAUCGACAAUGGCGACGAACAGUUCAGCAUUACCAGAAGAGGUAGACGAAGACGACGAGCACGAUUCCAAAGAGAGAGUUCUUCAGAGAUACUUCCUCCAGGAAUGGAAGCUCGUGAAGUCCCUCCUCGACGACAUCGUUUUGCACGGCCGGGUUUCCGAUCUCUCCUCCGUCCACAAGAUCCGAUCCAUUAUGGACAAGUAUCAGGAACAGGGUCAAUUAGUAGAGCCAUAUUUGGAGAGCAUAGUUUCUCCUCUGAUGUCCAUUAUCCGUUCCAAAACUGCUGAGCUAGGGGCAACCUCAGAUGAAAUUCUGGAAGUUAUUAAACCUUUAUGUAUAAUAAUUUAUUGUUUGGUAACAGUUUGUGGAUAUAAGGCUGUUAUCAAAUUCUUUCCGCAUCAGGUUUCUGAUCUAGAGCUUGCAGUCUCUUUGUUGGAGAAGUGCCACAAUGCACAUUCAGAAACAUCAUUGAGGCAAGAAAGUACAGGAGAGAUGGAGGCGAAGUGUGUGAUACUAUUAUGGCUUUCCAUACUAGUAUUGAUUCCUUUUGAUAUAUCCUCUGUGGAUACUAGUGUUACUGAUAGUCAAUGUAUGAGUAGAGAUGAACCUCCUCCAUUGGCACUAAGGAUUAUAGAAUGCUCUAAGGACUACCUUUCAAAUGCUGGUCCUAUGCGUACUAUAGCUGGAUUGUUGCUUUCAAAACUUCUAACACGCCCAGAUAUGUUGAAGGCUUUUAACAGCUUUAUUGAUUGGACGCAUGAAGUCAUUUCAUCUGUUUCAAAUAGUGUUACUGAUCACUUCCGGUUGUUGGGUACAGUGGAAGCAUUGUCUACCACUUUCAAGACUGGGAGUGCAAAACUGUUGCUUAAUGUGGUUCCCACUGUUUGGAAAGAGGCAACAGCUCUGGUGAAGUCUAAUGAUGCAGUAAGAAGCCCAUUACUUCGCAAAUAUCUUGUGAAGCUAGCUCAACGGAUAGGGCUUACUUGUUUGCCUCACCGUUCUCAAUCAUGGCGCUACGUGGGUAGAAAGCAAACUCUGGGAGACCAUAUAUCCCAAGACUUGGCCAGAAUAGACAAAAACAAUGAUGCUGCAACCACAGAUCCUUUGGAAUUAUAUCAAGAGGAAGAUAUGGAUGUUCCAGAGAUAGUAGAAGAGAUUAUUGAAGUUUUGCUGACCGGAUUGCGAGAUACGGACACUGUUGUGCGCUGGUCUGCUGCAAAAGGUAUUGGCCGUGUUACUUCACGCUUAACUUAUGCACUUUCUGAUGAAGUGCUGUCAUCUGUACUGGAGCUUUUUUCACCCAGUGAGGGAGAUGGUUCAUGGCAUGGAGGUUGCUUGGCACUGGCUGAAUUAGCACGUAGAGGGUUGCUCUUACCCAUUAGCUUUUCAAAAGUUGUGCCUGUUGUAGUGAAGGCCUUACAUUAUGAUGUUCGACGGGGUCCACAUAGUAUUGGAUCUCAUGUACGUGACGCCGCUGCCUAUGUUUGCUGGGCAUUUGGUCGUGCAUAUUAUCAUACAGAUAUGAAAAGUGUACUUGAACAGCUUGCUCCACACCUUCUGACUGUGGCUUGUUAUGACCGUGAGGUUAAUUGUAGAAGAGCAGCAGCUGCUGCUUUUCAAGAGAAUGUUGGAAGACAAGGAAAUUAUCCCCAUGGCAUUGAUAUAGUGAAUACAGCUGAUUAUUUUGCACUUUCUUCACGUGUAAACUCUUAUCUUCAUGUUUCAGUCUCCAUUGCUCAAUAUGAUGGAUACCUGCACCCUUUUGUAGAUGAGCUGCUUCAUAACAAGAUCUGUCACUGGGACAAAAGUUUGAGAGAGCUUGCUGGGAAUGCCCUUUCUUCUCUUGUCAAGUAUGAUACUGAAUAUUUUGUGGAAGUUAUUCUGAAGAAAUUAAUGCCCUGCACUCUUUCAACUGAUUUAUGCAUGCGUCAUGGUGCAACAUUAGCUCUUGGAGAAGUCAUUUUGGCUCUGCACAAGUGUGACUAUGUUCUUUCGUCAGAUCUCCAGAAACAAGUUGCUGGUGUGGUUCCUGCAAUUGAGAAAGCAAGACUUUAUCGUGGGAAGGGUGGAGAGAUAAUGCGUUCUGCUGUUUCACGUUUUAUAGAGUGCACUUCUAUGGUGCAUGUACAUUUGACUGAUAGAACAAAACGAAGUCUGCUUGAUACACUCAAUGAGAAUUUGAAGCACCCUAAUUCUCAAAUACAGGGUGCUGCUGUUGCUGCCCUGAAAAGCUUCAUUCCUGCUUACCUUGUGGCUACAGAAAAUAAACCAUUAAUUGACAUUCCGAAGAAGUACCUUGAACAGUUGACUGAUCCUAAUGUGGCUGCUAGACGAGGAUCUGCACUUGCAGUUGGUAUAUUGCCUUCUGGCUUUUUGGCUAAAGGAUGGAAGAAUGUGCUUUCAAAGCUAUGCAGGGCUUGUGAGAUUGAGGAGAAUCCUGAAGAUAGAGAUGCAGAAGCACGGGUGAAUGCUGUCAAGGGACUUGUAUCAGUGUGUGAAACUUUAACUCACACAAAACAAAUCUCUGAUUUUUUCUCUGAAGAAGAUUGCAUUUCUCUGUUUCUUGUUAUCAAGAAUGAAGUGAUACAGAGUUUACUUAGAGCUCUAGAUGAUUACUCUGUAGAUAAUAGAGGCGAUGUGGGUUCUUGGGUUCGUGAAGCUGCCAUUGAGGGUCUUGAGAAAUGUACAUAUAUUCUAUGCAAGAGAGAUUCCGAGCAUUUUCCAAGUAAAUCAGACGUAUUGAGUCUUGAUUCUGUAUCAAAGAUGGAUGAGAAAGAUGUUCUUGAGAUCAAGGAGAAAUUAUUAUUUGAUGAAAAUCUUGCAACCUGCAUAGUUGGAGGUAUUGUUAAGCAAGCAAUGGAAAAGAUGGAUAAAUUACGAGAGCUAUCUGCAAAUACUCUCCAGAGAAUUUUGUACAACAAAGAAAUUUUUGUACCAUUCAUACCUUAUAGGGAGAGAAUAGAAUAUGUAGUUCCCAAUAACACAGAUCUGAAGUGGGGGGUGCCAACUUUCUCAUUUCCUCGAUUUAUUCAGUUACUUGGGGUCAGUUGCUACAGUAAAUAUGUUGCUUCUGGGUUGGUUAUUUCUAUUGGUGGUUUGCAAGAUUCUUUGAGGAAAGCAUCACUUGGUGCUUUGAUGGAUUAUCUUCAAUCAGCAGAAAACCAGACUGAUUCUAUAGAGCAGAGUUUGUCCAAAGACAUUGUUUGGGUUCUUCAAAUGUACAAGAGAUGUGAUAGAGUCACUACACCUACCUUAAAGACUAUCGAGAUUCUUUUCAGCAAAAAGGUAUUCCUAAACAUGGAGGCACAUACUUCUGUCUUCUGUGCUGCUGUUUUGGAUUCUCUUCGUCUGGAAUUGAAAGGAUCAAAGGACUUCUCUAAAUUGAAUGCUGGAAUUGCAAUACUUGGAUAUAUUGCUUCACUUUUGGAGCCUAUCAGCACCCAGGCUUUUAGCCAGCUAAUAGUUUUCCUCAAUCACCGCUAUCCAAAGAUAAGGAAAGCUAGUGCUGAACAAGUAUAUCUCGUCCUCCUACAAAAUGCAAGUCUUGUUGCAGAAGACAAUAUAGAUAAAGCACUCGAAAUCAUUUCUGAAACCUGCUGGGAAGGUGAUAUUACAGAAGCUAAAGAAAAAAGGAUACAGCUUUGUGCCAUAGUGGGUAUAGAAACUGGGCAGAUUUCCUCAGCAAAUGAGGGUGCAUCCCGCAAGGUUGCUGAAAAAGGGCCCAAGACAGAUGAAAAUGAAUCAUACUCUUCUCUAGUUGAAUCAGCUGGGUUUUAGUCUCCCUACAUAGUUUCAGAUUUUCAAAGCCUGCCAGGUAUCAUCAACCCCACCGAUUUUGUUUUAUAUACUGUGAAGUGGGAAGGUAGAAAUGGUUUCAGAGUUGAAAUUUUGUUUAAUAUAUACGAUGUUCAAGGGUGAUAAAUAUAUGGUUAAAACUUAAAAUUUGCUUUAACAGGGUGAGAAGGGUCCAUGUUAACAAUUGCAAUUUGCAAAUAGAACGGUUUUGUUAUCAAAUUGAUGACUCUUUGGGCUAUUUUUCAUGCCGUCCCCACUAAACUUGGAAAUCUAAAUUAAAAUAUAUACAUAUGUUUGUGAUAAA